GGUAGUCGUGACUACAAUCUGGAAAUUCUGCCAAAAUGGGUUGCUUCGGUUGUUUCGACGGAGGAAUAAUCAAGGGGAAAAAAGAAAAGGGACCAUCGGUUUCUGAUAAACUUCACCCCCCUAAAGCCGCAUCAGAAGAUGCAGAUAAAUCCGCUGAUUCAGCUCGUCUGAGAGCCGCAGAAGCUGCCCAGAAAAGACAAGAGGAAUUUGACAAGUCUCCGGCAGGAAAAGCUGCAAGAGCUCAGAUGGAAGCGAUCGCCAAGAAGUCUGCAAAUACUAACAGGGGAGAACCAGCUCUCAAGUGGCAAAUGGGGUAAUGCUUUCUCAAGCUAGCUUCUGCUGGAAUACAUGGAUGAACUCUUCCAGUAAACUUCCGUCUUCGACUUUUGGUUGAAUUUGCUAAUUUGGUUGGUGAUCUUUUCCGAAAAAAUUUGCUUGUAAAUGAAGAGGUAAAUGUGAAAAAAAAGAUGUCAUAUAUGUGUGUAAAAUUUCUUUUCUUUUUGGAUUACAAAUGAAAAUUAAGUGCAACAUAUACAGACAACUUUUUGGUAGCUUCAAUUGUACUACGUAUUUGUCAAGUGUAAGCAAAUAAUGUUCCCACGUUAUAAGUAUUUGU